UGUACUUGUAACGUUUAUUUUUAGACGCGAGAUGAAAGAGUAUAGAGGUGUAAUAUUUAUCAAGAUUAAAAUAACGCGCAUAUUAGUCUUUCCGAACUGCAAUUAAUAGCUUUAAAAAAUUACACAGUAAUUACACAGUAAGAAACAUUUUAUUCAUGUAAGAUCGUAAAGUGUAGAAUGUUAAUUAAAGUGCCAGCAACGAUUAUAACGAAUCUUCAAUAUUUCUUAUGUGUGACUUUAUAUACAUUUUCCAGUUUUUCGAACGUUGUUACUUUUUGUUUGCAAACACAAUUUUUUGAAAUAUUAAUUAUAAAUCCAUUAUUCUCUCCCAUCUCCGUGAUAGGAAUAAAAAAACUCAUGGAAAAUUUAUAAAGGCUGGAAGGCUUAUUGGCUAUCUCGAUGCGGCUUUUGAAAAAACAUUAGUCAAUUAUUAAAUUAUAAGUAAAACACAGAUUAUUGGUAUAUAAUUGAGAUGUAAAAAGUACAUACCAAUCGAUGAACGCGCAACGUCAGCGUUUGUAUGGGAAGUUUUGUUCGUCGUCAUAAAAAAAGUUUCGAGCGAUGCCUGGCGAGCGCCUUUUCUUUCUUCUUCUACGGGACACAGUACCGACACGAUUUCGUAGAGUGUGAGUUGAAGCGACAAUAAAUUGUGCGCGGGGGUAAAUUGUGCUCCUUGUAGUAGUUUUCUUUCUUGGUAAAGGAUUUCCUCGUAGUAGGGAGGGCAGUAAUCCCUCUUGAUAGUGUGCCAGCGGCCAGCGGCCAGCGGCCAGCGACGCGUGGUGUGGUGUCGACUAGUCCGCGUGCGAGAUGCGAAAAAUAGAGCAGCCACUCCGGUGCAGAGUAUAUCUAUCAGUCCGAACUGCCCGAAGGUGCUGUGCUCCGUUUCGUCGAUACGAAGGUUAAUCGAGAUCUCAAAAGUCCAAGCCUCGCUUGCGUUUUAUCGUGCCUAUCAUUCUAUUUUCUUGAAAUGUGCACUCGCGCCGAGAUGGCAAGUCGUUUCUCUUUCCUGUUAUUUCCGAAUUUUCCGAAUGUAUUCGAAUCCCGGCCGUCGUCAUCGCGUCGGGAGAUCGGGAGACAACGAUGUCGGGCGCAUUAAAUCAUGUUACUAACUCUUUUCGUACGUCGAAAGCGAAUUAGCGAAUAUCGCGAACAAUGACGAUCAUCUCUCGGUGUGCAUGUUAGUUUGCGCAUGAUAAGCGGGAUAUAGGGGAUAAAGAGCAACGUUGUGUGUGAGAUACAUGUGAAAUUGUGAAUGGGGUUUCAGUGUCGUGAAGUGUGUCGCGCGUGUCCGACUCCGAUCCGACACAGCGCCGCGUUCAGUCGGCAGCGUCCGUCGCUAGUGUCCGAAGGUGGUUUCGCGUUCGUCGUUUCGUCGAUAUAAAUGCCAAUAUUGGCAAUUGAAAUCUCAGAUGCGAUAUUUAAGCUUGACUUGUUUUUAUCACGGUUAGAUUUUUCUUCUCAGAAAGCGCAUCUGUUGAGAAGAACGCGUCGGGAAUGCGCGAAAUCGCGCGAAAUCACGGUAGGUACUCGCUUAUCUUGUGCAAAUUUCGCGAUUUCGCCUCCUUUGACCACUUUUUUUCUUGCACAUCGAGUGGAUAUCGCGUGUGAACAACAGACAAUCGCUUCGCGCUCGCGUUUUCGGUCCCGUGCCGUCGCCUUGUAAAAUUCCGUAAGUGAUGUCGUGAUUUUUAGCACCUAACCUAAUCUAAUCUAACCUGUUCGCCCGGUCCUUUAUUUACGGCGCGCCGCGUCGGCGGUCGGCGUAUAUGUUGCGCGAGCGAUAAUGCAGAUCGUGCGGAUACAAGGUACAUACAACCAAGAACGCGUGUUAUAGCAGAAGGAUGGAAAGGGACACCCGGAAGCAGAGAGGAACAAGACAAUAGCAUAAGAACAAUUCAUCGGCUGGUAUGAUUUAUGAACGUUUACCAAUCUUUUCCGGAUACUUCAAUACCGGUGUGUUGUACUUUCAUUUCAUUUACUCAUACGAGGCCAGCUUACAAGUCCUACUUGACGUAUUUGCAAAAAUUACGAGUCCAUAGACAUUGUAAUCCACAGCGUGCAAGCGUGAACGGGCAAGAUGUUUCAAACUCUAGUCACGAGGAUGCUGUGCGUUGUUUCCAGUCGGCUCAAGAGCCAAUUAUAGUCGAGGUCCUCCGACGACAACCUAGUGGGCAUCAACAGAUACCUCACACGCCCUCGAAGGAGCACGAAAGGAUUACGUGUCAGGAUAAGAAUGAGGGAACGACGAAUGAGAAGAGCGUGGCAGACGACCGAACAUGCAACGACGAUAUCAAGAAAGAUAAUACAGCGUGUCCCUUAGUAUCGACUGCGGUUCAAACGGACUGGGCUGGUCUUAUAGAAGAGGAGGAGUUACUUCCGGUUCCUCUCGUCGUUGAGGAACAAGCGAAUGACAGUUUUGAAGAUUUUCUCGCUCACGAUAUUGAUUUUGAGGAGGUGACGUUACGGAAAAGCGGGAGUACUGAGAAGCUCGGAUUGACAGUGUGCUAUAGUUCCGGUUCCGGCAGUGAGGACGCCGACACUGAGGUUUACAUUUCGGAAAUAGUUCCUGAAAGUCUCGCGGCCCGAGACGGUCGCUUGCGAGAGGGAGAUCAAAUUUUGCGGGUCAACGGCAAAGAUGUCGCGAACAAGGAGCAGACUGAGAAUUUGUUCGCGGAGACGAAAAAUGCAGUGACUAUUCUCGUCAGCCGAUGUGUAUAUCAAGACGAUGAAUACGAUGACAAGCGCAUCUAUCACCAGGGUUCGCCACCACUCUCACCCGAGAACCUGCCAGCGUAUCAGAACAGCAUGAUCGAGCAGCUGAUCCGUCAACAGCAACAGCAAACAGAAGAGCGUACCAAAGAGAGCGAGAUAAACAAUUGCACCCUGAAAGCACCUCCACCCAUACCAUCUCAUACUCAGCAACAGCAGCAGCAACAACAGCCGCAGCAGCAACAGCAGCAACAGCCGUCGCUACCGCAACAGCAGCAAUCUGUCAACUUUUCCACAAACUCGUCGUCCACAUGUUCAUCACAGAACUCACAUAAAUCUGGUAAGAACGCGAUCUCGCCGGUGCAUCACACGGAAGAGCGCAACAAGCAGUGGCUACAGGAGACACUGAAGGAUUGUUCAAAAAGGCUCGAAGGUAUUUCCCUGCGUGGCCAGCAAGCCGGCCCACUGACGCCAGCGGCACCGCCGUCAGUAAAGUUGAUCGAAGCAUAUUCGAGCCACAUAUGGAGCGAUACCGAGCACAUCUACGAGACAAUACCGGAAUCGGAUAGCGAGCCAAUAUACUCGUCGCCAUACGAACAUCACCAGCAGCAUUGGACGCAACAAGGGAACGUUGUCGUGACAACUCAAUUACAGCAAAGCGCGACGGCGCAGAAUCAUCUGGCCAGCGGUCAACCGAAUCAGAAAUGGCACUCCUCUUCAAAGAGCAACAGUUCCGGCGAGGAGAAAGACAGUUCAAGUGCUUACAAUACUGGCGAGUCCUGCCAUAGUAAUCCUCUGACUUUGGAGCUGCAUCAGGGCGAAAGGGAUCAUCAUAAGAGCACGCUGGUACUGUGCCCACCAAAGUCGCAGCAGCAGCAGCAGCAGCAGCAACAACAACAACAACAACAACAGCAAAAACUUGGUUGCAACUGCCCCAUGCCUGUGACGCCGACCGCGACGUCCGCGGUGGCAAGACAAUCGUCGAAGAACCAGAGCGUGAGGAAGAGCUCAUCGUCACAUCAUCACAGAGAUCGCAACGAACCUCCAUCGAUAAACGCUAACACGCUGCCGGCCGACACUAUGUAUACGAACGUGGCGAAUUUACAGCAGACGAUGAUGCUGCAGCAGCAAUUGUUCAAGCAGGCGCUUAACCGCAAGAACCUCACAACGUCCAAGGAAAUGUCGGGCGGCGCGAAAAAGUCCAAGUCGCACGGCAAUUUUCAGGCACCAAAUCUUACGCAGUACCAAUUCGUCGGCAGCCAGCAGGUGUGCACGUCCACGUGGAUACCACCGGAAGACAAGAGCGAAGUACAAAUGGAAUGGAAGGUGAAGAGGAGAGCAGAUGGGACGAGAUACAUUGCCAGGCGGCCUGUCAGGAAUCGGAUACUUCGUAAUCGAGCGAUCAAGAUAACCGAAGAAAGAGCCGGCCACACCACCGAAGACGAUACCAUGUCGGAGAUGAAGGCUGGACGUUACUGGAGUAAAGAGGAGCGUAAGCGGCAGCUGGAACGCGCGCGCGAGCGUAAGCAGCGUCAACAGGAACUGAUGCUGCAGCAACAACAGCAGCAGAUGCAACAGACCAAUGAUUUGUUGAUAUGCGAGCACACGGAAGACAAAGUAUCGAAGAAACCGUUAAACAUCGUUGAGUUAAGUCAUAAGAAAAUGGCACGUAAAAAGACGACUAUAGAUGAUUUCACCACCGUACAAGAAAUGCUAGUUCACGGGAACAGAGUAGGUGCAAAUGGACCUGGCACAGGAGGAAAAUUAAUGGGUUUACUGUCAGUUACCACGGUGUAAACGAAUCUGUGUUACAUAUUGUUGACGUUCGAUAAGCGUUAUAGUAUGCAAAACUUAUCAUUUAUCUCGAAUUAUCUUUUAUACCAAAUUUUCAUCUUCAAAUAUGGGGGAGCGAUCAUAUAAGAAUAUCGAAAAUACAAAUAAAUUUGAUCUUUUUCUUGAAAUAUUGAUAUAAUGCGAAACAGAUAAUAUUCGAAACUUUCAUAAUAAAAGCACGUCAAUCUGGAAAAUUACAAUAUUGCAAUAAAA